AGCGACGAGCCAGCCUGCGGAGCCAAGCCCGACGCCAGCAUGAGCCAUGGAAAGAGCCAGUCUGAUCCAGAAGGCCAAGUUGGCAGAGCAGUCCGAGCGCUAUGAGGACAUGGCAGCCUUCAUGAAGGGUGCCGUGGAAAAGGGCGAGGAGCUGUCCUGUGAAGAGCGCAACCUGCUUUCUGUAGCCUACAAGAACGUGGUGGGGGGCCAGAGGGCCGCCUGGAGGGUUCUGUCCAGUAUUGAGCAGAAAAGCAACGAGGAGGGCUCGGAAGAGAAAGGGCCCGAGGUGCGAGAGUACCGGGAGAAGGUGGAGACCGAGCUCCAGGGCGUCUGCAACACCGUGCUGGGCCUGCUGGACACCCACCUCAUCAAGGAGGCCGGUGACGCCGAGAGCCGGGUCUUCUACCUGAAGAUGAAGGGCGACUACUACCGCUAUCUGGCUGAGGUGGCCACGGGGGACGACAAGAAGCGCAUCAUCGACUCGGCCCGGUCGGCCUACCAGGAGGCCAUGGACAUCAGCAAGAAGGAGAUGCCGCCCACCCACCCCAUCCGCCUGGGCCUGGCCCUGAACUUUUCCGUCUUCCACUACGAGAUUGCCAACAGCCCCGAGGAGGCCAUCUCGCUGGCCAAGACCACCUUCGACGAGGCCAUGGCUGACCUGCACACCCUCAGCGAGGACUCCUACAAAGACAGCACCCUCAUCAUGCAGCUGCUGCGAGACAACCUGACGCUGUGGACGGCCGACAACACUGGGGAAGAGGGUGUCGAGGCUCCACAGGAACCCCAGAGCUGA